AUGAGUACAACCGUCGAUAAGAUCAAGGCCAUUGAAGAUGAAAUGGCCAAAACCCAGAAGAAUAAGGCCACUUCCUUUCAUUUGGGUCAACUAAAGGCGAAGCUUGCUAAGUUGCGAAAGGAGCUUGUCACCCCCUCCAGCGGAGGCGGAGGUGCCGGAGUUGGUUUCGAUGUUGCGAGAACUGGUGUCGCCAGUGUGGGUUUUAUUGGAUUCCCUUCGGUCGGCAAGAGUACAUUGCUUAAUCUUCUAACCGGCACGCAUUCCGAAGCGGCUGCUUAUGAAUUUACUACUCUUACCACGGUACCGGGAUGUGUGAUGUAUAACGGUGCCAAAAUCCAAAUGUUGGAUUUGCCAGGUAUUAUCCAAGGUGCAAAGGACGGGAAAGGUCGUGGUCGUCAGGUUAUUGCUGUUGCCAAAACCUGCAACCUAAUCUUCAUUGUCCUCGAUGUCAAUAAGCCAUUGACAGACAAGAAGCUCAUUGAGGCCGAGUUGGAGGGCUUUGGGAUCAGAGUCAACAAGUCGCCGCCAAAUAUCGUCUUUCGUAAGAAGGACAAAGGUGGUAUAGCUGUUACUAAUACAGUGCCACUUACCCAUCUAGACGCAGAUGAAAUUCGGGCUGUUAUGCAGGAGUACAAGAUCAGCUCGGCUGAUAUCGCGUUCCGAUGUGAUGCGACGGUAGAUGAUCUCAUCGACGUUAUCGAAGAAAAGAGUCGACGAUAUAUACCCGUUAUCUAUGCUCUUAACAAGAUUGACGCUAUCUCGAUUGAGGAACUCGAUUUGCUCUACAGGAUUCCCAAUUCGGUUCCCAUAUCUUCUGAAAGAGGAUGGAAUGUUGAUGAACUUUUGGAAAUGAUGUGGGAGAAGCUUAACUUAAGGCGAAUCUACACGAAACCUAAAGGCCAAUCCCCAGAUUAUUCAUCGCCGGUCGUACUUAGGGCGAACGCGUGCACUGUUGAAGACUUUUGUAAAUCGAUACACAAAACCAUCGUUGAUACUUUCAAGGUUGCAAUUGUUUACGGCUCAAGUGUCAAACAUCAGCCACAAAGAGUUGGAUUGAGUCACGUUCUGGAGGAUGAGGAUGUUGUUACAAUCUUGAAAAAGUGA